UCAACAUUUCCAGAUCAAACAAUUAAGCCAAAAACUCUCAUUUCAUCUACUUUUUUUUCCAGUAGAAGAUCAACUAAAACCAUGAAGACGAGCCUUAAACUUUCCUACAUUGUUUUGCUUUUGGUGCUUAUCCUGCCAGCAAGCCAACUAGUAACGUGUUCUUCAGCAUCAACAUCAAGUAAAAUUCUAGAAGACCAUGAUGAAGGAAGAAUGAUUACAUCAAGAAGAAUGCUCAUUUCGCGAAAUAAGACGCCGGUAUCAGCUAAUGUAGACAAGCUGGGUGGUGGAUCAACAAUGGAGCCAGAGAAAGCUGUUGUGAAUGGCCUGAGAAAAAGACCUCCAAGUUCUUCAAAUCCAACUCAGAACAAAUGACAUUUUGCGCAUUCAGUUGGUAGGAAGAACAAAGAGAUCUUAAUAUUAGGGGUCUUCAUUAUCUCUUUGUCCUUUUGUAGUUAUUUAUUGAUUUUUUUUCUUCCUUAUUUCUUCAAAUUGACUGCAUAGGAGGCGACAUAGUCAUAGUUCUUGCACUACUAUCGUAGUGGUCUAUUCUGCUAUUUCAGAAGUUGAGAAAUAUGCAGAAAUGACAGAAAAAGAUGUAAUUUCUUGAAUUAGUAAAUUAACAGUAGUCCUCAUGUGUUCGAU